CGCUCUUCUAUCACAGGCCCUAUAUAUCAACACACACACACACGUUCAUAUACGUACCAGAAUCCAAGCUACCUGAUAAAAAGUAUCUUCUUGAAAGGAUUUUUCAUUUUUCUUGAUAAAUAACUUUGAACAGUAAUACUGUAUAUUUGAAUUAUGAGGAAAACAAGAGAAAUUGAAAUUAUUUUUCGCCACUUGGACAAAAAUGGUGAUGGGAAGAUUUCACCAUCAGAAUUAAGUGAUCAGCUAAGUUCAAUAGGAGGGAAGGUGUUUAUGGUUAAAGAAGCAGAAAUGGCAGUAGAGUUAUUGGACUCAGAUGGAGAUGGGUUGUUGGGUUUGGAGGAUCUUGUUAGGCUAAUGGAAGCUGGUGGAGAAGAAGAGAAAUUGCAAGAUUUAAGAGAAGCUUUUGCAAUGUAUGAUACAGAUAACUGUGGGUUUAUUACACCUAAGAAUCUGAAAAGGAUGCUUAAGAGACUUGGUGAGUCAAAAUCCAUUGAUGAAUGUAAGAUUAUGAUUAGUGAAUUUGAUCUUGAUGGCGAUGGUGUUCUUAGCUUUGAAGAAUUUCUGGUUAUGAUGCAAUGAUUUUCUUUCUAUCUUUGUUUCUGUAUUCCAUCAUUGAUUAUGUGAAAUUCAUUGUUCUUUAA